AUGAACAAAUCUUCGUCUUCAAAAACAACUUCGCAAACUGCACCAAAGCAAUUGAAGAUUCAAAAACAAAAUCCACAAAAAUCGAAAUGUACCGUCUCACGAUGUGUAUGCAUUCAGUUGAUAUUUCUAUUAGCUCUCGUUCUAUUAGCAGCGAUCAUUAUUCCUGUCAUUGUUAUUGUACUUGCUAAUAGUGGAAGUAAUUCGUGUGCAAAAACAUAUUCUGAUAGUUUUACAUCUGGUGUGACUGCAACAACUCAAUGCACAAGUUGGAGAAGUUUUACAACUGGCUUAACUUGUACAACUUAUUCCAAAAUGCGUAUUUAUGGUUCGAACGAUCCAACGGGUAUAACAAUAGCAGAUGUAUCUACCGUAACUGCACUUGCUGUGGCUUUGAAAUACAAUACAACAUUGAUUGCUCGUUACAAUGGAAUUAAUUGGAGAGUCGGACCAGACUGGUCGGGUUAUGAAAUAACUUCUACAGGGGGUCACACUUGUAGUACAGGUUAUACAGUCAGACCAUGCGCAGGGAAUCUUCAUUGGGGAGGAAUUGCGGGUGCCACGUGCAGUCCAUUGUCACAAACUCUAUCGAUUUCUUUUGAAUGA